AUGGCUUCCGAAGAACCGGCAAAUGCGCCACGACGAGGGGGCGGUAGAGGUAGAGGACGGGGUAGAGGACGUGGGGAUUCAAUGAGCAAUGAGACUAGAUCGCCGGCACAAGGUGGACGUCGAGGAGGAAGGGGGGGUUUUUCGAGGCCGCCGCAAUCACAACGCCAAGUGCAAGCAGAGCCAACGGCACCACCGCCACAAGUCGCGGUGGAGUCGAAGGGAAAGGAGGUUGCAGAAGGAGAGGAAGAGGUAGAAGUAUGCUGGAUUUGCGCCAGUCAUAUCGAUCACUACGCUGUUCCCCCGUGCAAUCACCGGACAUGUCAUAUUUGUUCGCUCCGGUUGAGAGCGCUGUAUGGUUCUAAGCAUUGUCCACAUUGUCGAACUGAAGCAGCAGAUGUAAUCUUUACAGACGAUGCUACGAAACUAUAUGAAGAUUUCAAGGACUCGGAUAUCGCAAGCACAGGGAAUUUCGGCAUCCGUUACGAAACUCCCGAUAUGAUGGAAGAUACCAGGCUCCUCCUGCAAUACAAUUGCCCGGAUAAUGACUGCGAUGUUGCAUGUCUGAGUUGGCCGGAUCUUCAUAAGCAUGUUAGGACUCAACACCACAAGAAGAUCUGCGAUUUAUGUUCACGGCAUAAGAAAGUCUUUACGCACGAGCACGAACUUCUCACGGAUGCGGAACUACAAAAACAUAAUCGCAAGGGAGAUGAUAAUCCCGGUGCUAUUGACCAGAGCGGUUUCAAGGGCCAUCCUAUGUGCGAUAUUUGCAAGACGAGGUAUUAUAGUGAUGAUGAGCUAUUUGUUCAUUGCAGGGAUAGUCAUGAGAAGUGCUUUAUCUGUGAGAGAACAUCAGGAAUACCUCAGUAUUAUAAGGAUUAUAAUGAGCUGCAGCUCCACUUCCGGAAAGAUCACUUUAUGUGUCCGCAUAAGGACUGUAUGGAGCAGAAGUUCAUUGUUUUCCCGACUGAGCUUGAUCUAAAGGCUCAUCAGCUGUCAGAGCAUGGGAGUGAGUUGUCGAAGGAUGUUAGGAGAGAUGCGAGGACGGUUGAUAUGUCGACUCUUGCGUAUCGCGAUGCGUAUGUUGAGCCGAGGAGGGGAGGUGGAAGUCAGAGAGAGCAGAGGGAUGGUAGGGGACGGGGAAGAGGAAGGGAUCCCAAUACAGAAGCUAUUCCCGCUUCUACUGCGCAGCCACUGAGGCGAGAUGAACAGGCAUUUCAGCGGCAAAUGGCUAUUCAGACGGCACAAUCGAUACAACCCAGGACGUUUGGAGGCCAGCUGACUUCCGCACCAACACCUGCUGCCGCUCGAGCGCCCCCAGGAACUCGCUCACCACAAAGCACCAGCGUCCAGCCACCAGCAAAUGUAGAUGCCGCAUCACAUGUCCAAAUCCCACCUCAAACACCACAAGAACAAGCGCGCGCCCUGCGACACGCAACAGUAAUCGAACGCGCCAACACGCUCCUCCAAAACGACGACCUAAAAAUGACACAAUUCCGCAACAGCAUCGCUUCCUACAAACGCGGCGCUAUCAAAGCCCAAGCCCUAAUCGACACCUUCUUCACACUCUUCUCAUCCACUUCGCCCAAGUCCCUCGGUACACUAAUCAACGAAGUCGCAGAUCUAUAUGAAGAUGAGAGUAAAACGACGGCCCUGCGAACGGCGUGGAAUAAUUGGAAGGCAAUUAAUGAUGAUUAUCCUUCUCUGCCAGUAACGAGCAACAGCAGCAGUUCCAUCCCCCUCAACUGGGCAUCCUCAUCUCGUCCCUCCAACGCCAGCAAAUCCAACCGCGUGCUGAAACUGAAAUCAUCGACCGUGCAAUCUAGUCGCAGCAGUGUGUCUCAAACGCGAUCAUGGGGCACUGCAUCCGGACUCGCGAGUUCCAGUAAUCCCUUCCCAGGCCUCCCAACUCCCACUGCAUCGAGGGGCAAAGUCUCCACAACCUCCUGGGUCCCUCAAGCAUCCACCUCCGCAUCUUCAUCUGCUCCUACGUCCCGCCCAGCUUCUACGGCUCCUCCUUCCCGCGCGGGCAGAGGUGCAAAUGAUGCAUUCCCGUCUCUUCCUCGCGCCCCUAAACCGCAGACUUCGCUCUUUGGCUAUGGCAGUGGCAUGGUCAAGCGUGAUGGCGGUUCUGGUGCUGGUGCUGGCAGGGGAGGCAAUGCGUGGUCGCCGAGUCCGACGCCUGCGGAGAGUGAAGUGGACGGUGAGGCUGGCGAGGGCGCUGGCAGGGGCCCGGGGAAGAAGAAGGGGAAUAAGGGCAAGAAACAGGUUUUGAAUCUCUGGGCUUGA